AUGGCACUGACGGCGCUGCCCAUCGUCUCUGAUAUACGCAAUCUUUCUCAGCAAGCUCCAGUGCAUCCCGUCCCGGAUCCAGAAGGCGCUUCACUAAACAAUGUCCUCGGGAAAACUUGGCCCCAACACUCUCAAUAUUCAACGUCUCAAACAGAGAGCUUAGAGCGAAGAGACUCAUCUGCUGGCGCUGCACAGGCAUCCCCCACAAGAGACGGAGUGCCCCCUGACCAAACGUCCUCAAAGACUGCCUCGUCGUUCAUUCUUGAGAAGCACCCAAUCCCAGAGAUACCAAUGGAAGACAAAAAGUACAACCGCAUAAUGAGAAAUCUACGCUGGACCGUCCUGUCAGUCUACCGCCGCCUCAGCCUCCUCGUCCUAACUGCCAAUCUCAUUGCCGUCAUUGCUCUUGCGGCGCGGCAUAGACUCCUUUCAAUGUCCCCCGACUCGGCUGCCGCCGCAGUUUCCAUCAACUUGACCGUCGCAGUUCUGGUUCGGCAAGAGCUGGUCAUCAACGCUCUUUUCUGGUCGUUUGGCAAAUGCCCCCAGCGGCUUCCUCUGCGCGUUCGUCGAAUAGCAGCAAAGAUUUAUCAUCUAGGUGGCGUUCACAGCGGAGCGGGUAUGUCGGCGGCAGUUUGGUUCGCCUUCUUUAAUGUUGCAAUCGUCAGGGUGUUGCGAGCAAGAGAAGUCCGCACGCAUCAGACAGUCAUUCCUGUUAUCACUGUCGUUCUCGACAUCUUGCUUCUCUCCAUCAUUGUCACGGCUCACCCUGCCAUUCGCUCAAGGAUGCAUAACGUCUUCGAGACUGUCCACCGCUUUGGAGGAUGGACGGCAGUCGCUUUGUUCUGGAUACAGUUUGGGCUACUUGCUGAUGAGAGGGCCCAUGCCCCAUUAUCCAGCGUCACACUUCAAGAAGCAAUAGCUUAUAGCCCUGUCUUCUGGACGCUGGUGGUCACAACAAUCUCACUAGCCCUUCCCUGGGUUUGGCUCAGGAAGGUCCCGGUCCAUGCAGAACCUUUAUCGGACCAUGCAGUCCGUCUACACUUCACUUACACCAACCUACCUCUCUGUGCAGCCCCUCGGCUCUCAGAUAGUCCGCUUAUGGAGUGGCAUGCCUUUGCGGGCAUCCCCGAAGAAGACGGUCAAGGAUUCUCUGUUCUCGUCUCUAAGGCAGGCGAUUGGACCUCACGACUCAUCAAGUCACCACCUACAAAGCUCUGGGUUCGGGGGAUUCCCACCAUGGGUGUGCUGCACGUGGCUCCCAUCUUCAAGAAACUGGUCUUGGUCGCUACAGGUUCAGGGAUAGGCCCGAUCAUGUCACUGUUGUGCAAAAGAGACGUCACAUGUCGAAUUUUAUGGUCUACUCCAGAUCCUGAAGUCACUUAUUCGACAAGCGUGAUCGAGCAUGUCCGUCGUGCAGAUCCUGAAGCCAUCAUCAUUAAUACCACUGUGGCUGGGAGGCCUCACCUCGUACGACAGACUUACGAGUUGUAUGUUUCAUCCGGCGCAGAAGCUGUAUUCAUCAUCUCCAACCCUAAAGUUACCAGAAGGGUGGUAUAUGCUCUUGAAUCACGCGGAGUACCAAUCUUCGCCCCAAUUUUCGACUCUUGA